AUGGGCCUUCAGUUCUGUGGUGCUCAAAAUGAUGUAAAGAUGGGAUUGUUGAACGCUCCCAGGCGGGCCAUAUGGAUCUGCUCCAUUGUCAGUCUCGCUGUGUUUCUUGUCUUUUUCUGCUUUCCCGUCUCUUCGAUUUAUCCGCUGAAACCCACUGUCUCUCCAUCUGCUCCACCUCCUCAAACAACAGAUACAUUCAAUGCCAAUUGCCAUAAGAAACCUCGACCGGAAGCAUAUAAACAGCAUGACAAUGGAACUGAGAGCUUGGCUCUGCCGAAGGUGAUGGCGGAGUUAUGGAAACCCCUGGUGCAUCCUAUCACAGAGAGAGUAUUCGUCACCGACAAGGGAGAACGCUUCGAAGUACCAAUCGACCAAGUGCGGUGGAAGAAGCCAUUAGGAAAAAGGGUCGUUAUCGUUGAUACUGAUACUCGGCUAGAUGGUAAAACCGAGAACACAAUGUUGAAUGAAUGUCCGUUGGAUUUUACGACACUGCCCGGGCGGACUGGAGGUCACUUGAACCACUAUAUAUAUGCUAUGAUUCACGGCUACGACUACCGGCUAGUCCGUGCAGCCGAUUAUCCCGAUCGACACGGAACUUGGGUAAAGCCUGCCAUCACCAAAGAGGCCCUUAAGACCCAUGACUUCGUCAUCUCGCUAGACUCAGACGCCGUCUUCACACAUCUCGACCUCCCACUAGAAUGGCUCAUGAACCUCUGGGAUUACCGCCCUGAAACAUUAGUCGCAAUGGCUUACGAUCUCGACUGGGAACAAGACUACGAUCCCCAAGGAAACCUCAUCCUCAACACGGGCUUCGUCAUCGCGCAAGCAAGUCAGCGUACCCAAGACAUGUUUCAACGAUGGGAAGAUUGCCCACGGAGCAUACCUGGCUGCAACCAUUGGAACCACAAGUGGGCACAUGAGCAGAGCGCCUUUUCUUACUAUAUUCGAUACGAGUUUAACAGAACACAUGAUGUGAAAAACAUACCGUGCAAUCAGGCCAACGGCAAUGAGUUUACGUUGGACGGAAAUGGUGAGUGCAAGGGCGUUUUUGUGAGCCAUAAUUGGAAGCAUAAACACAAGACGCCUGAGUUAUUGAGCAGGAGUAUAAUGACUUCGCUGGCCCGUCGGGUACAUGGGCAGUUCCACCAUGAUAUCGAAGACUUAUACAUAGAUGCCUCGAAACAGACAUAUCCAAUCGCUGAUGGGGCAACCUGA